CACGACCAUCCGUCAGUGACAGACCGACAGUGGAUGGGUGGUAAAAUAAAACAUUUUGCUUUAUCUAAUGAACAUUUAAAAUGUUUACACGUUCAAGAUCAAUUUUUACUAAAGCACAUUCAUUGAGAAAUUUAAUCAAACCGGAAUUGCAAAAUGAAACUCGUGUUGUGUAUAAUAUCACCGCAACUAGAAGCCGGUCUACUACUCCUCUUAAUACUGUUAUAAUGUUUGUUCCUCAACAAGAGGCAUGGGUAGUUGAACGCAUGGGCAAAUUUCAUAGAAUAUUGGAACCAGGCUUAAACCUGCUGUGGCCAAUUGUGGAUAAGAUAAAAUAUGUUCAGAGUUUAAAAGAAAUAGCUAUAGAUGUCCCAAAACAAAGUGCUAUUACAUCUGAUAAUGUCACACUAAGUAUUGAUGGAGUACUGUAUCUUCGAAUUAUUGAUCCAUAUCUAGCAUCUUAUGGAGUUGAAGAUCCAGAGUUUGCCAUCACACAGCUUGCUCAAACUACAAUGAGAUCAGAACUAGGGCAAAUAUCAUUGGACAAAGUGUUCAGAGAGAGAGAAUCCUUGAAUGUUUCCAUUGUUCAUGCUAUAAAUAAAGCAAGUGAAGCUUGGGGCAUUACUUGUCUCAGAUAUGAAAUUCGUGACAUAAAACUGCCCACUCGAGUUCAUGAAGCAAUGCAAAUGCAAGUGGAAGCCGAGCGAAGAAAGAGGGCAGCCAUACUUGAAUCAGAAGGAGUUCGAGCUGCUGAUAUUAAUGUUGCAGAGGGAAAACGACAAGCUAGAAUACUUGCAUCAGAGGCUGAAAAGCAGGAACAAAUAAACAAAGCGUCUGGAGAAGCGCAGGCGAUGUUAGCUGUUGCUGAAGCACGAGCUCGAGGACUCAAGCUUGUCGCCAACGCAUUAGCUGAUAGGGAUAGUAAACACGCUGCGUCACUGACACUGGCAGAACAAUACGUAGCUGCAUUUAACAAACUAGCUCGGACAAACAAUACGCUGAUCUUGCCGGCCAACGCGGGCGAUGUAUCCAAUAUUGUUGCUCAGGCUAUGUCAAUAUAUUCCACUGUGACUGCGCACAAUAUGCAGUCCAUACAAAGUCAGCCCUCCAUCUCAGAAGUAGAAUACGACGAUCCUCUAGUCAAACUGAAUGCGCUAACAGAAAGGGGCUCAACUAUGGCCGGUCAAGCGGUGCCCAGAGAAGACGACAGCCUAGCCGAAUAUUUCUCAGACGAUGAAGAAAGAGAGAAAGCGUUGCAAGCACAAAAGGAGAAAAAGCAUCAGAAUGUACAAAAACUGGAUAGAGAUACGUAGACUUGUUAAGUAGUGAUUGUUGUUGGUAA